AUGGUCAGGACGACGACGCUAGUCGAUCAGGGCCUUUCCGCUUUGGGCGACGCCAAGUAUCCCGAGGCGCAGGAAGUGGACGAGGAAGCCGGCUACAAUGGCGGCGGCGAGCAGCCAUUGAGCAGAAUCCGUGGAUCCCUCCGCGGCCCCCAAUUCCCACCUCUACUCCUGUGGCCGGCCCUCUCCACAGUCCCAGCUCUCUCUGGCUCUUCUCCCACAUAUCCUCCCUCAAACGAGGACAUGGCCGAAGUCCAGCCAGCCUCUUCAGCCGGCCCCGGCGACAGUUCACCAACUGCGAUUUCAGGGUCAGCUAGCAAUGCAAAGAUGAGGAAGAGGACCAAGACUGGUUGUCUCACCUGCCGCAAACGCCGCAUAAAGUGUGGUGAAGAGAGGCCUACCUGUGCAAACUGCAUCAAGUCCAAACGCCAAUGCGAGGGCUACAAUCAGCGAGUCAUCUUCAAACCUCCUAUUGGGGACUGGCCAAAUCACCCCGGCGUCGUCAGCACGAUACAAUAUCAUACUUCGAUGCUGCCUGGAACACGCAAUCAAUCUUAUCGAGGCCCUGAACCGAGUGCACCGAUGCAGGAGAACAUGCUUGCUUCUAUCCAGCCUCGGCCACUUAAUGACUUCAACUUCUCCCAAGUCGAUCCGAAUGCUGGUGCAGUCUCCUCAGGAACACACCAAACGUUUGUCGGGGGGAAUCCCGGCUACGCACACGAACAACCUUAUCAGCAGCCACUGCAAUCACCUCCUCACCACCAGCCGCUUGCUUCACCCCAUAAUCAGCCCCAGAGCCACACAUCGCCAGCUUCGUACUUUCCUCAGCCCCCGGCCGUGCAUACUAGUCCUCCAGCACAAUUCAGUCAAAGCAGCAGCUAUCAAGCACCCUUUCAGUAUACACAGGGCCCGUCAUAUCCUGCAGUCUCUGUUCCCUACAACAACACGGCUGAUCUGAAGCCCACGGCCUCUCAGCCAUUACCCAGGCAGCCAAUUUACCAGCCACCUUAUCGGUCAGAUAGCCUUCAGGAAGGAGAAAGCUCAUAUCGCGAUCAACCCAGUGCAUCGCCUCCGAGCAAUGAAUAUGUCCAAUAUACAGAAGCAAGGCCAGGGGUGCAGCGAUACAACAGCCACCCGCAAGUGCCAUUGCAACAAUCACUACACAGCUCAGGAAACAUCAGCCAAGCCGGAAACUAUAGCGUCCCUCAUACUGACUACAGUCAUUCAAGUUAUUCUACUAUUCAGAUGCCCGUACAUGAUAUCAACCAGGAUGUAAAGUAUAUGCCACAGCCUGUCCUCGAACCGAGACCCACCACGUCCCAAUCGCAAAAGUGCCAGCCACAUUUAGAUCUUAGCGGAUUCGGCGGCGCGGACCACGUUAGUCCUACACAGGUGCUUGACGAAGCAGCGGUCGAAUUCGAGGACGACGAUUACUGGGAUGUACAGUCUGACGAAGACAUGUUCGAUGCAGAACCUGACGACGACGAGAACGCAGUGAUGGCAAGCAAGGAGUUUAAUAACAUCCGUCGCAUACAUUUAGAGAAUUUUAAUGAGCUGGGCAUCAGACGGUACGAUGCGUUUUUGUAUGAUGGGCUCUUGACGCACUACAGGCCCGAAUAUGCGGCGAACCCCUUGCGUAAUCCGAAGACCGCGAGAGUCUUUGCUCACUACAUCCAUGUGACAGGGCCGACUAUCUCGAUCUUCGACCGAAACUCUAGAAAUCCCACUCUUAUCUUCGAGGGCGAAACACCUCCAGCUCAGCAAGGGCUAUGGACACAUACACUGCCUUUGAAGGCUCUCAGCCACCAGGGCCUCUUACAUGCGAUGCUGGCUCUUGCCAGUCUACAUAUUGCAAGACUACAAGGCGCCUCUAUAACACCCUCGUACAAGCACUACGCAUACUCUCUCAAACGCCUUGUGCGCUCCCUUGGGCAUCCAAAGAAACGCCUUUCAAUCCUCACAUUAGCCACAUCUCUACUUCUAGCGUGCUAUGAAGUCUGGACGGCGGAGCAUAUUAAGUGGGGUACACAUCUCAUUGGUGCCCAACGGCUUAUCGAUGAGCUGGAUUUCCGGUCGCUUACACGGGAGGCAAGACGGCUGCGAGCAGCGCAAACAGCCAUGAUGCGCCAAUUUCCGUAUCAGAACCCGGAAAUGCUGAUUGACCAAAAACAUUUUAAUCAAAAGCUAAAGGAGACCGUAGUCAUGCCAGAUGAGCGCCUUGUGAGCACUAUUGUGGGUAAAAAGGUCAGCUACGACGACUUUGGUAUGGUGUUUGAAGACAACGGCGCAAGGCAUGACACAAGGCCCAAAAUACCAGAAAAACUAGAUCUUCAAACCUACGAGACCCUCCAAGAUUUGUGCUGGGCAUUUUCGAGGCAUGAUGUGUACCAGAGUAUCGUAAGCGGUCAUCGUCUUAUUAAUCCCUACCGCAAGUGGUCCGAUUGCCCUCCGCGGGCUCCUAUCGGUCAGAUUGAUGCUGUCUACGGUACCCACGAUCAUAUAGUGCUACUUCUAGCUCGUGUUGCAGACUUCACGGUUAGAGAUAGAGAGCGCAAACUUCGACAAGCAGAAGCAGAUGGCGGAUGGCGACCUCGUCCUGGUAUGCCUGGGUUUGCCAACAUGGGACCACCGCCAACGCAGAAAGCUACCCCAGGACCUCCAGCACAUGCACAAGGCCCACCACGACCUGGCUGGACAGGACAGCAUCCAACGGGUCCACCUUCUCAAGGCCCAGCACCACCUGUAGCUCCAAGCUUCUAUGGAAUGGCCCCAUCACCAGCAAUGGCACCUAUUCAUUCCAGCUACGAAAAUCCAAAUUUUCAACGCUCUCCGCCAACGCCAAACACGCCUCAUCCAAGAUACGCUGAUCUCCCCGCUGCGUAUGAGCAUGCGGUUUUGGAGUGGCAAAGCAUAAUCGAUGCGCAUACAAAAGUCUCAGAACUACUGGAACAGGCGGACGGCUUCGGUCCUUUACCAGAGGACAUUUUGCCACCAGCUCCUGGAGGACAAGACCAAGGACUAUCAGUACCCUUUGGUCCACCGAUCCUGUAUAGAAGCUAUGACAUAUCUAUCAUCUGGAUGAUGAUUCACCUUUCGAAGAUAAUACUUCUACGCUCUCACCCAGGCAUGCCCGCCGCAGCGACGAUGGCGGCUGGAGUAUGCGCUUCGGCUGCUACACCAUACGGCAUGCUCAUCGGUCGUAUAGCCGUAGGCAUGCAAAUUCCCGUCACUCCAGACCUAUCACCUUUCCUCGGCGCCGUACUAACAGAGUCAGCAAUGCCGUUGUUCUUUGCAGGAAUCACGUUCCAGGAUGCAAAGCAACGCGAAUGGCUGAUCACGCGAUUCUUGGAAAUCGACAAAAGAACAGGAUGGGCUUCUGCGGGUAUCAUUGCGAGGGGGUGUGAGACGGCAUGGGAGAAGACGGCCGAGAUGGGAAGAGGCCCGCCGUAUACUAGGAGGACGAAUCCAAUCACAAAAGACGAAGAUGGAAGGUACACGGAUGAACAGAAAGAUAGUGCAAGUCGGAGGGAAAGGAACAGGGUACAGGAGAGACAACCACGAGAACAAGAGACUCGGUUUGUGGUUAAGAGUGGUGUGACCGGUACUUGGGCUGUGAACUUGUUGGGUACAGAGGAAGAUCUUCGACAGGGUAUGGAGAGAUUUGGGCUGUGA